AUGGCGACAACGACAGCGCGCUCCGAGGCCGCCUUGAUUGCCUCCAUGGGCAUGGGCAACACCGGUGCCGUCGGCGAUGCUGCUGAUCAGAUGCCUUGGGAGGAGAACCUGAAUCAGAUCCUCAUAUGCCCAGACUGCCGCGAGAACCCGCCGAACCUCGUCGAGGAGUUCAGUAACGGCGACGUGGUCUGCGGCUCCUGCGGCAUCGUUCUCGGCGACCGCAUCAUCGACACCCGUUCCGAGUGGCGUACCUUCGCCAACGACGACCAGAACAACGACGACCCGUCGCGUGUCGGUGAGGCUGCCAACCCGCUCCUGCACGGUUCCCAGCUCGAGACCACCAUCGCAUUCGGUGAAGGCGGCCGCGCUCGUGAACUGAGCCGCGCCCAGGCUCGUACGCAGAAAGGCGACAAGUCCCAAAAGGGUCUCAAUGAAGCCUAUCGCAUCAUCGGUCAUUACUGUGACGCCAUCAGCAUUCCCAAGACUGCGCAAGACAGCGCCAAACACAUAUUCAAGAUGGCCGACGAUGAGAAGAUCUUCAAGGGAAAGCCUGUGGAAUCCGUCAUUGCUGGGUGCAUCUUCAUCGCAUGCCGACAGUCCAAGGUCCCCAGAACCUUCCGAGAGAUCUACGCCCUCACCAAGGUUUCCAAGAAGGAGAUCGGAAAGACGUUCAAGAUGCUCGAGAAGUUCUUGCAGGAUCAGGCCAAAAACCCCAAGAAUACCAACAAACAACUUGCGAGUCUCACCGAAGACCAGCCGAAGACCAGCACGACGAAUGCCACGGAGCUUUGCGAACGAUACUGUAACGGCCUUCGUUUCGACAACACCCACCUCAUGGCCAGGAUCGCCUCUGAGCUGUGCGACAAGAGUUCGUCAGUCAAGGAUCUCGCCGGUCGUUCUCCGCUGUCCGUGGCUGCUGCCUGCAUCUACAUGGUUUCCUACCUGAUGGGCGAGAGCAGGACUUCUAAGCAGAUUGCUGCAGUGGCCGGUGUGAGCGACGGUACCAUCAAGACGGCAUACCGCUUCUUGUACCAAGCUCGCGAACAGCUGGUCGACCAGACCUGGCUGGACAAGGGUGGAAGACUGGACCGACUACCCGUGAACUAA